AUGGCCAGCAAGAUAUCGCUCUCCCUCGGAGCGAAGCGCAAGGGGCCACCACCCAUAAACGGCGUCAAGCGCCCACACUCCAGCCUGCACGAUGAAGAAGACGCAGGCGCCGAGUUUGGCGCAGAAGAGAAAGUCUCGCACUUUGAUCGCGAAGCAGGCGGCGCAAUCGACGAGAGUCGCAAGAAGAAAGACACCGGCCCGCUGGUGAUUCCGAAGAUGUCAAAUCGAGACUGGAGGGAAGCGGCCAAUCAGCGCAAGAGGCAGAAGAGCGCAUUGCCCACUCAUGGCAACGAUGUGAACAUGGAAGAGAAGAUGAGGGCAGUCGAAGCGGCGGAUGCGGCGAAGAAGCCUCAGUUUGGGCUGAACACAUAUAAGAGAGCGGAGGAGAACGGUGAUUACGAGAUGGCUGAGAACGGACAUGCGACAGACCAGAACGGCCACGCAAAUGGCGAAGAGGCCGAGCCGCCACGUCAGAAGACAGACGAUGAACUGGCUAUGGAUGCGCUUCUCGGCAAGACCACCACGAAUAAGAGCCUCACGAUACCGGCUGCAGAGGGCACAAUGACGGAAGGAGACGCCUUUCAACACGACUACACCUCUGCGCCAGAUGCAGCCACGUUGGACGACUACGCUCGCGUUCCCGUAGAACAGUUCGGGGCUGCUCUACUUCGUGGCAUGGGCUGGAAAGACGGCGAGGGGAUUGGAUCGCAGAGAGGCAAGAAAUUGCCCAAAGACAUCAACAAACUCCCAGAACGACGAGCGAAUCUGCUGGGUAUCGGAGCCAAAGAAGAUGCAGCGCUUGCGCAGGAGAUGGGCGCUUGGGGCAAAGGCGCCAAGGGUGGCAAGGAAAUCAAAAUCUACAACCCUGUCCUGUUGAGAGACAAGAAGACAGGAAAGAUGUACACGGAGGAGGAGCUGCAGAAGAAGCGAGAGCAGGACGAGAGGAAGAAAUACGAAGACGAAUUUGAGAGAAAGGAGAAAGACAAGGAGAGGAGGCGGCGGAGAGAUGAGAGUGAGGAGCGUGAUUCGAGAGAUCGCAGGCGAGAGAAGGAAAGGAACGCUGGCCGGGACCACGAUCACAGACGCGAGCGUGAUUCUGAUCGUAGGAGGCAUGAUGAAGAGAGUGAUGAAGAGUACUAUCGCCGCAAGGAGAAGGAAAGGCGGCGGAGGAAGGAUCGUGAAAGAGAAAACGACGAUUAUGACCGUGAACGAUCUAGACGGCAUAAAGACCGGGAUGAUAGAGACCGUCACCACGAUCGGGACAGAGAUCGCAGGAGGUAG